GCGAGCAACCGUCUCGACUCAGCCUCACUGCAGCUCCAGAGUAGCCACCAUGGGCUUGAUUGAAGUCAUCGCCAACGACCGCCUUGGCAACAAGGUCCGCGUCAAGUGCGACUCUGAAGACACUGUCGGCGACCUCAAGAAGCUCAUCGCCGCGCAGACCGGCACCAAGGCCGAGAAGAUCGUGCUCAAGAAGUGGUACACCAUCUACAAGGACCACAUCACCCUGCGAGACUACGAGAUCAACGACGGCAUGAGUCUCGAGAUGCAGUGAGCGUGUGCGCGAGUCGAGGAGCGGCAGCGGCAGAGCGAGAGAGGGUCGUCAGCAAUACCUUGUUGUUUUCUCGGUCAGGCAUG